AUGGCUCUCGACCGCCUCGUUAGUAUGGCCCUUCGCGCCGCGGAGCUCGUCUUCGCCGCCAUUGUCGCUGGUGUCACCGGCGAAUACCUCCACAGGUCCCACGCCAGUAGUUGGGACCUCGGUCGCUUCAUCUAUACUGAAGUCGUUGCCGCGCUCUCUAUACUCUUCGCUCUCCUUUGGUUGAUUCCCUUCUCGGGCACCUUUAUCCACUGGCCCAUGGACAUCUUCAUGAGCAUCCUGUGGUGGGUUUCCUUUGGUCUGCUGGUAGACUUGAUUGGUACUGGUUGCGGUGGCAUCUUCGACUGGGGCAACGUCGCUCCACGUGGAGACCAGUGCGGCAAGUUCAAGGCCGACAUCGCCUUCGCCUUUCUGUCAGCCCUACUGUGGCUUGUCUCUGCUCUCGUCGGCUUCUUCUGGGUCCAUAAGCGCGAGCGUCGUGCUGCCCAUGCCGAUGCUGUCCACAACUCUCGCCGCCACCGCUGGGGUCGCAGCCGUGUCUAA